CUUUUCCCCAAAUUUGUGUAUAAAUCUUGCACGCCGUCGACUGAUCGAAGUGGAAGAAGAAAUGAAGCACAAUCUAGCGGUUCUCGUCAUGCUACUCUCUGCUGCGGCCGCGGCCGCCACCGCCGCCACCCUCCCGGAGCUCAAAGGGCAUGAAACAGGGGCGGCGGCGGAGCAGGCCAUAAGAGUCCGGCGAACGUGGCCGUGCUGCGACCGCUGUGGCGGGUGCGCCACCGGUUCCGACGCGCCGGAGUGCCAGUGCCACGACCUGGUGCGGCGGUGCCACCCCUCGUGCCGGAGCUGCGUCCGGUCGCCUCUCAGCGUGGAACCUCCCCUGUUCUACUGCUCCGACCGCAUCCCCGGCUACUGCCAGCGCCGGUGCAACUCCGGCGACAGCUUGCAGAUCCACUGAUCUUAUUUGGCAAAACAAAAAACUGCAAGUUUUUUGUUGUCAAAUUCGAGAUCUCAUGAAGCAAGAUUACAUGGUUAGUUUUUUAAUCUUGUGCCAUAUUUCUAGGAACUGUAAGAACAGAUCUGUGAUUGAGAUGAACAGAUAGAUCUCCAGUUUUCGUUUAAA